UUUGCACUCUACAGUUCCGCAUUGUGGUUAUCAUGCAGUCAUUCACAGCCAAUACGAGAUCGAUCGACUAGAGCCGAGGAACACAUUUUUGUCUAUUUGAAAAGUUAGCUGUCAUAAACACAAAUGAUUACUAUACCGUUUAGCUCAGUUGAAGUGAUGAUUAGGUUGUGAGUUAGUGAUGGAGAACAUUGACGAGACACCGUUUCGGAUCACCCGUACCGUCCAAGCUCUGGGCUCUGCACUACGGGGAGAGCCUGAAAAUGUUCCCGAUGCCGGUCAGGGUAGCGGGGACAGAAUCUCGAGUGAGCCGGAGAAGCUUUGGUUUAAAGAAAGCAGCUCUAAGAAUCUCCAAAACAGGGACUUCUUGUCACCCACUACGGUGCUGAAUACGCUUUAUGCAGACGGACAGGUUCCCCCAGUAGUGAUGGGUAGAGUGCUGUCUCUGAAAGGGUGUGGGGUUCUCCCUGUGGCUGGUGGGGAGGUCAUGGGAGAGGGGCUGAGGGUGCGGGUCGACCGGAUUGCUGCCUUUCAGAAGGUCCUGAGUGGAGUGUCGGCGUACCUGAAGCCUCCUAGCCAGAGACAGGGGGGUGUGGUGCUCAACUGCCCAGCCCUUCACCCCAAACCCAAUUUACCCUCCCCCGACACACUCACGCUGGGGCAACUACGCACCGUGCUGCUGACUGACCAUUUAGGGGCGCUACUGAGGAGACAGGGGUUUACUGUGUCCUGCUGCCCUGUGCUGCCUGAAGAUAGCAACAUCAUCGUCUUCCUCCGAAUACUUGGCGUCGAUUGGCCGUCAGUGCCGGUCAGCUGGACCAAUGACGAGCGGGAGGAGAAGAUGUUGGAGGCUUUACAGAAUUCCCCAUACAAAGAAAUAGAGGAGACAGAUGGAGGAAGGAGAGAGAGUGAAGGAAAGAAGAUGGAGGGAGAGAAGGAGUGGACGCUCAGGGUGAACUUGAAGAGGGUGUUUCAGGAGGAGCAGCUGCCAGGGUAUGACCCCAGCCUUGGUACCUGUACAGUGCAUAGAGACAGUGUGUCUCAUCUGGCCCAACUGGACAGGGCUACUACAGACUGCACAGUAUCCACAGAAACCGCAGUACAUGUCACUUCCUGUCAGGAUGAGUUCCGUCAGCAGCAGAUAGCGAUGCUAUGGAGAGCCAGCGGUGCAACAGUGACACAGAGGCAUCUAGUUUGUGGACCAGUGAAGACUCCUGGAAGUCACCUCAGUGCGGCCCAGUAUCUCCAACUGAGAAGAGUGCAGAUGAAGGAGGCCUCAGAGAUGAAGUACGGCGAACAAGUCAAAGGCCAGAGUUGGGAUGACAUCAUCAAGGUCAUGACCUCAGCCACUGUGAGGUUUGAGCUACUCUCAACGGUCCAUAUGAGCCCGGUCACCCUGGAUGUGCAGAGGGAAGGCAGUGUGUCCACCAAAGGCCCCAGAGGCGGAGUCUUUGUCAUGUACAACUGUGCUCGGCUCCACACCCUCUUUGACAGUUACGAGCGAGGCAUGGAGAAGGGACUUUACCCUGAAAUCCCAGAGGGCUCCCAGUUGGACUUCUCAGCUCUAAAAGAAGAGGGGGAGUGGCUUCUUCUGUUCAAUUACCUCAUUCCAUUCUCUGAGCUUCUCGACCAAUCAGGACAGGCGUUGGAGUGUGAUGGAGGAGGGGCCAGAGUCAACCUGAAGACUGAACAGAUCUGCAAGUUCCUGGUGUCUCUCAGUAAGGAUUUUAGCUCCUAUUACAACAGAGUCCACAUCCUUGGGGAGCCGUUGCCUCACCUCUUCAAUCAGAUGUUCUGUCGGCUGCAGUUGUUGAGAGCACUGAGAGAGCUCUACCAUCGCGCGUUGGAUACUCUUCACCUGCCUCCCAUCCGGCAGCUAUAGCCACAAAUACCCUAACUGUAGCCCUGAAAUUAGCCCCAACAAAUGCCCCCAAAAUACCCCGUCUGUAGCCCCGAAAUUAGCCCCAACAAAUACCCCCCAAAUACCCCAACUGUAGCCCCGAAUAUAGCCCCAACAAAUGCCCCCAAAAUACCCCGUCUGUAGCCCCGAAUAUAGCCCCAACAAAUGCCCCCAAAAUACCCCGAAUAUAGCCCCAACAAAUGCCCCCAAAAUACCCCAACUGUAGCCCCGAAUAUAGCCCCAACAAAUUCCCCCAAAUACUCCAACUAACGCCUAAUAUCGGCCGUAAAUUAUCACUAGCCUAUCCCCUACAUGAAAUACACAUAUAAAUGUCACUUUUACUGCCCAAAGGUGGUACUCUACUGUAGCUAUCAUUAGGCUUUUAUCUUCCUCCCCCCCAAUUAAAACCCUGUGAAGUCCUCACGUACUUAUGUAUAUGUGACAUACACCUUGUAUUACACCCAGUCUAUUUACUGUUGAUGAAAGAAACUGUAUAGAUAAUUUGCACCCCUCUGUGAAGUCUUGGCGUAUCACCAGUAUCUCUGAUGUACCAAAGACGCAGCCUCUACCGGAGACCCUCACUGCCUUUGAACCAAUGAACAUCUACCUGUCUUCAGUCUUCCCUUAUACGAUACCAUAGACACUAUUCCGCUAACAGACACUGCCCUAGAGACAUAGAUACAGUAUUUACACACUCUGCAUGUACACCGUGUAAGCACUGCCCCCGCCCUCAUCACUAGAUAUUGCUCCUGGCCACCAUGAGCCAUUUACUGUCCCCUUCCCCUCCUACUUGAAUAAUACAAAAUAUAUAUAUUUCAUUGGAACUGGCUGUGUCAGUAUUAUAUAUAUAUACUGUGGUAAACCGUGGAGGUGUUGGGUUGAGCGUGUGUAACCGAUGUGAAAUGGCUAGCUCGUUAGCGGUGGUGCGCACUAAUAGCGUUUCAAUCGGUGACGUCACUCGCUCUGAGACCUUGAAGUAGUUGUUCCCCUUGCUCUGCAAGGGCCGCGGCUUUUGUGGAGCGAUGGGUAACGAUGCUUCGAGGGUGUCAGUUGUUGAUGUGCGCAGAGGGUCCCUGGUUCGAGCCCAGGAAGGGGCGAGGAGUGGGACGGAAGUUAUACUGUUACACGUGCAGAGAUUGACACAGAGACAGGGAGGCUUUAGUCCGCAAAAACAACUUUACUAAGAUAGAAGAGAAAUAACUUAGGUUUUGCUCGGUCUUCCUUCUCUCUCUUAACUGGUGUCCGUCUCUCUCCCUUCGUGUGCCAUCGUGCUCCUUUUAUUUAGCCUCCACGGCUGGUUGGCACUUUCCUCUAAUUACCUCCACUUAGCUGUCCGUGUCGGGGUGCCCAGCUCCCGUAUUCCCAGCAGAGGGAGCCAACGUCGCCUCACGUACCUCCCCUCUAUUACCAUCCCCCGGGGUAGACCUCCUGGGUUACCACAAUAUAUAUAAUGCAGCUAUACAGUAUAUGGAAUGAUAUAUGUGACAUAGACUAACCCACCACCACCACGGUACUUCUCUUGUGCCAAAGUACUAUACAGUACUGUCCCAGAUCCCAGUUCUCCAUUGUCGCUCUGUGCCAUAUCUUGGACUGUUAUUAUUGUGUACGUUUGUGUGUUGGUGGUGACCCGAGCUUUACACGGACUCGCACUCUCUCUCUCUCCCACAAUGUUGUCAACGGUCCAUCGGGCCAAUCUAUUUUCCACCUAGAUCAAUAAAUGAGUGUUGACCUCGGUGA